UCUUGCAGCCUCUUGCUCCACAUAUCAAAUAUCAAAUAUCAGACCGAGUACGUAUACAUAAGGUUACAAUUGCGAUUCAAAUGUGGGGCGCAGAUUUCAGAUUUCAAAGACGAUCCAGAUUUGUUGAUUCUUGAGAGCCGACGUUUGAUGUCAGCUCGAGCAGGGUUGCCAAGCCUGAGACGGACGGGUCUCCUACUAAUUGCUAUGCUAUUACGAUUUGGUUUCGACGCUGGGGAUCCGGAGGUAGGGGGAAUAAAUAGGUAGAUUCCACCUCUCUGCUGAUGAACAGUUCACCUCUUCCGUAGGAUGUGACGCGAAGUAAGCAUUCCCAAUUGCAAGCACGCCGCACGACACCUCCCAAAAGAAAUCGCCGCGACGCGACGGACAUGUGCAUGUGAUGGAUAGGGGAGGAUAGGGGCUGAGGGCUCCACCGACAGCGACAUCGACAUGUUCGAGGUUGAUUCUCGACUUAGAGUGCCGGCGGGCCAACUUAAAGUUGGACCUACUAGCACCUCUCUGAAUCCUCUCCCUCUCGACCUAAUCUUCCAUCCGCAAACGCACAGUAAUCCUAGCAUUGACGACCUCCUUUCUUUCAGAACAGCACCAACACCAACACCGACGAGCCUACACCGACAAGCCAAUACUUUAACCCACCUACCCACGGCUCCUCGGCCUCCAAUUACGAGCGGAAAUACACUCAUCACCCUUCUGUCAAAGCCGCCAAGACACCGUCGAUCAAUUGCUUCCUUCCCUCCUCCUUCAUGUUCCGCACUACGUGGCAGAAAGUACUGCGCCGCCGUCCGUGUCUCGGAGGCGCGUCUUGACUUGUCUCUCCGUGCUUCCCCUGUCUCUGUUCUGUCUCUGUUUCUUUUCUGGAGGGAGGGAGGUUUGAUUCCGUCGACGAUCGACAGUUAGAUCCGGAAGGAGAGAUAGAGGUUAUUCGGAGCUGAUGGGGCCGUGAGGGGCGAGGAGCGAUGAGUGGAGAGUGGAGAGUACUUGGAUGCGACUCCUUUGCUCAUGAUCAGAGGCUGCAUAGUUCACCGAGUUGAGCAGGACAAGCAGUCCGUUCUGUGGAGAAUUGGUAGGAAGACAUCCGUAAGCGGCCCUUAUAGACUUAUCAAUCACGCAUACAUCGAGGGUAUUGACUACUACGUAUCCGUAACCGCUACUCCCGAGCCGCAUUUCGAAGCCUUGAGCCUCAUUUCACUACCAUUCUCAUGGACUGGCCUGAGCGCAUAUAUCGAGGUUUGAGAUCAAUAAACUACACGCAGUCACGCCUCACUCGGCGCUCCUUUAUGCUCGAUCUGACGGUCAUGAGACUAUCGAUCUUGGUGCUCACUCAAAGGUCAGCCGCCGGCCGGUUUAGACUUCAGGGACAUUUGCGGUAAGUACUACGCGCGGGACUCUGUGGACGUUGACUUUGUUUUGUGUAUUACUUGACCGACUCGGAUGGAGUCGACAUACGGUUGGACAGUAAGUACGUUCGGGGACCUAAUAGUAACGUUCCCGUCCUCAAAAUGUUUAUCCCUCCAUGCCUGCCGCGGGUCUUUCUUGAAAAUAGCAACAUCCGCCACUCAACCCACAGCGGCCCCGAGCCUCUUUAUUUUCUUCAGCCUCGCAGUAUAGAAUUCACCGCAUGUAAGUUCAUUUAGGGAGCCAUCAUUGAGCAUCACCAUCCUGUUGAAACGUUGCCGCCUUCAGUAUGCUUUUUGGGAUAGGAGAGCGGCGCCGCUGAGUUACUUACUUACUUCCCGUUCUGAGUUAUUCCCGUUCGGGUUCCGUGGUUCAUUCAUCUUCGAAUUAUCCCGCGCCGCAAUGAUCUUCGCCACGGUGAUCACGAGUAUCUGGACGUCCAAAGGUCUCCAGGUCUCUCCUCGAUUUAUAGAGUGAUGACUCGGAGUGGUGUUGGUGUUGAGAGAAGGGGUAGGUGAAGUGCCGUCGAUGUCCAGUCCCCGAUC